AUGUCGCAAGCUUUCUCGUAUGUACUUCCCUUACAGUACGUUCUCUCGUCCCAACAGGUAUUAAAGUCACGUGAAUUCUGUGUUCACGCGAAUCUCACUUCCUCAUAUCGUAUUCGCGACCCUUCUUCUAUACCUUCUACAUUCCAUGGUUACCUUUCCUCAUGCGAAAUUUCGCGAGAGAUCACCUCAAUAAGCGGUCGUUUCUAUAACAUACCCGAUGAUACAAAUCCAAAGAACUAUCAUUUAUACCUACUAAAUCCAGAUAAUAGUAUGAGACAAGAUCUGAGUUGGAUAUUUUCCAAGGGGCUUAUAAUAAAGAAGGACGUGAACGGGGUGGCAAGAAACGCUACAUUAGAGUUGAUGUUCAGGACUGCUGAUUUCCCCUUGAGAGGGGCUAACAGUUAUGUGGGUGGAUGGAUAAAGGUAUAUCACAUUAGGGAUUCGGUAGUGACGGCGGCGGGUCCUGCACAAAUGAAUCCCAGUGAUAUAGAGAAUAUCUAG